UUUCCUCCUUGGGCUGGCUAUGAUGCCACCUCCCUUGUGGAAGGCAUUGCCUUGCAUUUGGAAAUCUCAACUGCUACAGUUAUUCCAAGUCUCCCCAGUGAAGUGUGUUUGCAUUGAGAUUCCUUCCAAGGGAAUGUUGUGGCUGUGAGGAUCCCUAUUGGGGCAAGGAUGUUAAGGGGGGAAAUCACAGAAGGCUGGACCUUGCUUUGCUCUAGCGAAGGCACGUGAAGCAUCCUCGCCAGCAUCCUAGUCUCUGCAGGGAGCGAAAAGAACGGUCCUCAUCCUCACCUUCACAGCAAGCCUCCUCAAUGAGUGCCAAGCUCUCCAAGGAGUUGAGGCUCUCCCUGCCCCCCUGUCUCUUGAAUAGGACAUCUGGCUCUUCCAAUGCCAGCAGCACCACCUGCAUCACGCAAAUGGGGCAACUCUUCCAGUCCUUCUCAUCUACUUUUGUUCUAAUUGUGCUGGUCGCCCUCAUCUUCUGCCUCAUCCUCCUCUCCCUCAUCACUUUUCAUGUCCACAAGAGGAAGAUGAAGAAGCGGAAAAUGCAGAAGGCUCAGGAGGAAUAUGAACGCGACCACUGCAGCACCAGUACCACCAGUACCACCAGUGCUCGGGUGGGUGAGUCCUAUGAGAUACCGCAAGGGAGAGAAUUGGCCAGACUGGGAAGAACCACUCGGGAUUCUAGUGUCCAGUGUCCUGCCUCAGAACCUCAGAACUUGCACCCUGAAACCUCAUGUUUGGACAUGGAAUCAGACACUCCAGGGCUUUUGCAAACGGUGGUAUUGUCUUGAUUUUAUUUACUGAUUAUUUUUUUUGUGUGUGUUUGUGUGUGGGGACUUCACCAAAAGACAGCAUUUGGUGCUUGUACAUAUUUGAGCCCUUAUUAUUAUAAUAAUCUUGGCGAAGACGACAACAAAUAUUAUUACUGUUACAACCGACGGCGAAAGAACAAACCAGCGAACCAGAAUCCAAACGCAUGACAAAUUGCACUGCGUUUUUCGUUGACUUUUUUUUGCAAGGGGAAAGGAUGUGUCUUUAUUUAUUCCUUUCAGAAAAGGCGGGGGCAGGGUGGGGGAGAGCUGCACAGUGCUACCAAAUAUAAAAAUAACCUGCCCUGAAAGAAAUGGUGCAAGCAGUACAUUGGCAAUGUACACACAUAAGCAAUCCAGACGAUACAGAACAGCAAGUCUCUAUUUCCCGAUCCUCUUUCACUGGGAAUUCUAUAUAAGCGUCAUGGUAUUUAAAGGACUGUUUUUAAAUCAAUUGACCAGAAUGAGAAAAGGGGGAGAGAGAGCUGAAGGGGGUGGGGUGGGAAUGUAACAGAAAGGGAAAGACGACUUCUAAACACGCAUAAACACGCAUUUAGAGUUUUCUCUCAGUGGCAUUGUGAAGUGGGAUUGUCCUUUGCCUAGUUUUCAAUGAACAAAGAAGCUGACCUUUCUGUAGGAUUUCUCCUAUCAAUAAUUGUUAUCUCUUCCUCCUCUUUUUAAAAACAAGACCAUUGUCAUUUUCAGAGACUAGCUUUUGUUUCAUUUUGAAAUAUCUGCCCCUGCUUAAAGUAAGUAAAAGAUGACCUCCCACUGCCCAGUGCCAAAUCCCUUUCUUUUCUUUUUUAAAAAAAAUGUUAUUUCUCUCGCUUUCUCUUUCUCCCUCUGCAGUAUUAUAUACCCUGCGCCCUGCAAAGCUGCGAAUGCCAAACAGUUUAACUAUGCUUCUAUAUCUGUAUCAAUAUCUAUAUGAAGGAAUGGGGGUUUUACUCCAAAGGAAUGUUUUGAGCUGUAUCUCUCUCUCUCUCUCUCUCUCUCUCUCUCUCUCUCUCGGCAUUUUCAAGUGUAAUAGCCUUUUUCUUAUAUUAAAUCUGGAAAAAGAUAUCUUUUGUGGUGACUAAGACCAA